UGCCGCCCUCAUCGCAGUCUGCACCGUCAACUCAGCACGCGCAAGAUCGACUUCUCCUCAGAACCUUUCAAAGAACAAGAUCCAAGAUGUGCGGUAUCUGGGCUAUGUUUGGCAGCGACGAGUGCCUGUCAGCUCAGUGCACCAGUGCCAUGAAGAUCGCACACAGAGGCCCAGACGCCUUUCGUUUUGAGAAUAUCAAUGGAUACAUCAACUGCUGCUUUGGCUUCCAUCACCUGGCUAUUUUGGAUCAGCUGCAUGGCAUGCAGCCCUUGCAUGUCAAGAAACGUCCUUUUUUGUGGCUGUGCUACAAUGGAGAGAUUUACAACCAUCUCACACUGAAGAACCAAUUUGAGUUUGAUUGCCAAACAGAAGUGGACGGUGAGGUUUUGCUGCAUAUGUAUGAUCGGUUUGGCAUUCAGAAGGCGGUGGCUCUCCUGGAUGGCACUUUUGCUUUUGUUCUGUUGGAUACGAAAAACCGAAAAGUGUUCCUUGGAAGGGACACAUAUGGAGUGCGACCUUUGUUUAGACUUCUGACUGACAACGGAUUACUUGGAGUCAGCUCCGAAGCCAAAGGUCUUUUGGAUGUUAUCCAUUCUGUGGGAACUCCUGCCAAAAUCAUCCCCUUUCUGCCGGGACAUUUUGAAGUCUUUGAUUUGAAGCCCAAUGGCAAAGUGAAGUCCAUUCUGUUGGAGCAAUUUCAUGAAUGCACAAAAGAGCCCACUCAUGCCAUCUACGACACUGUGGGGAGACUGCCAACAAGUUUUGAUGAAGACAUUGUGAAGGACAACAUCAGAGCCCUGUUUGAGAAUGCAGUUCGGAAACGUCUCAUGUCCAACAGGAGGAUUGGUUGUCUUCUCUCAGGGGGUCUGGAUUCCAGUUUGGUUGCUGCUACAUUGAUGAAACUAGGAAAAGAAGGCGGACUGAAAUAUCCUGUUCAAACAUUUUCAAUUGGGUCAGAGGACAGCCCGGACAUCUUAGCUGCCCGUAAGGUUGCAGCUUACAUUGGCAGUGAACACCAUGAGGUGAACUUCACCGCAGAAGAAGGCAUUCAGGCUGUGGAGAAAGUCAUUGUAAGCCUUGAGACUUAUGACAUCACCACCAUACGUGCUUCUGUUGGAAUGUACUUGGUUUCUAACUAUAUCCGUGAGAAGACUGACAGUGUGGUGAUCUUCUCUGGAGAAGGCUCAGAUGAACUCACACAAGGGUACAUUUACUUCCACAAGGCUCCAAGUGCCAAAGCAGGAGCAGAAGAGAGUAUUCGACUGCUGAAAGAACUCUACCUGUUUGAUAAUCUCCGGGCUGAUCGCACCACUUCUGCACACGGUUUGGAGCUCAGAGUACCUUUCCUGGACCACAGACUGACAGCAUACUACCUAUCCCUGCCUGAGGAGAUGAGAAAUCCCAGGCAUGGAGUGGAGAAGUACCUUUUGAGGGACUCAUUCAGAGGUCAGACUUUGAUCCCUGAUGAGAUCCUAUGGAGGAGGAAAGAAGCCUUCAGUGAUGGUGUGAUGUCUGUUAAGAAGUCCUGGUAUGUCUACCUCGAGGAGUACCUUGGAUCUGUGGUGACUGACGGCCAGAUGACGAAUGCUCCAAACAUCUUCCCUCAUAACACUCCCCGAACCAAGGAGGCAUACUACUUCAGACAGGUGUUUGAAAAACACUACCCUGACCAUGCUGAGUUGCUCCCACAUUUCUGGAUGCCACGCUGGAUUCCUGCCACUGACCCAUCGGCCCGCACACUGUCCAUCUACAACAAGUGAAAAGUUGAAAACAUGUCAAGUCACUCAGCAAGCAACAAGCUCCAAUACAGGUUUGGCUCUUCACCAAAUUCCAAAUUUGCACACCACACACACACACACACACACACACACACACACACACACACAUAUCUAAGUAUUCAGACCCCCUUAAAUGUGUCACUCUUUGUUGCAGCCAUUUGCUAAAAUAAUUGAUUUGUAUUUUCCUCAAUGUAGACACAGCACCCCAUAUUAACAGAGAAAAACGGAAUUGUUGAAAUUUCUGCAGAUUUAUUAAAAAAGAUGAACUAAAAUAUCACACAUUCAUAAGUAUUCAGACCCUCUGCUCAGUAUUUCGUAGAAGCACCCUUUUGAGCUAAAACAGCCAUGAGUCUUUUUGGGAAUGAUGAUGCAACAAGUUUUUCACACCUGGAUUUAGGGAUCCUCUGCCAUUCCUCCUUGCAGAUCCUCUCCAAUUCUGUCAGGUUGGAUGGUGAACGUUGGUGGGGAGCCAUUUUCAGGUCUCUCCAGAGAUGCUCAAUUGGGUUUAACUCAGGGCUCUGACUUGGCCAUUCAAGAACAGUCACUGAGUUGUUCUGAAACCAUCCAUCCAUCCAUUUGGAUGGAUGGAGAACAUGCAAACUCCACACAGGGGCCGGGGGUCGAACCCCGGUCCUCAGAACUGUGAGGCAGACGCUCUAACCAGUCGGCCACCGUGCCGCCUUCCGAAACCACUCCUUCAUUAUUUUAUCUGUGUGCUUAGGGUCGUCCUGAGCACUCCGGAGAAGGUUUUCGUCCAGGAUAUCCCUGUACUUGGCCACAUUCAUCUUUCCAUCGAUUGCAACCAGUCGUCCUGUCCCUGCAGCUGAAAAACACCCCCGCAUCAUGAUGCUACCACCACCACGCUUCACUGUUGGGACUGUAUAGGACAGGUGAUGAGCAGUGCAUGGUGUUCUCCACACAUACUGCUUACAAUUAAGGCCAAAAGGUUCUACCUUGGUCUCAUCAGACCAGAGAAUCUCAUUUCUCACCAUCUUGGAGUCCUUCAGGUGUUUUUUUUUUUA